UGAUUUAGUGUCGCACCAGAGAGUCAGAGUGCGAGAAAACGACAAACACAUUUCUGUGGUAAAGGAUGUGAAAAUAGGUAUUCGAUGUUGUGAGGCCCAGCUUCUGUCUGGACAGGCAGAGCAGAACAUUUUCCAGAUUCUUAAUACUUGUACUACCUCGUCAGCCCCGUGCUCCUGCAGCUCCUUGUAGAACUUCAGGGAGAUGCUGACCAUCACUUUGGUCUUCUCCCCAUUGGGGUUGGAGAUGUGGUACAAGACGCCAUCGAAAUCUGCAGCAGAGAUGAACAAUGGAGCCUGCAGACAUGUCAUACGUCUAUGACUACAAUUAUAUUGUGAAUAAUACCAUCCGCGACAAUCACACACCCUACGUUGUGGAUCCAAAUACCUUAUCAUGUGAGUUAAAACCUCUGGCUACUAUACCAGCGUUGACCCUUUGUGUCAUCCUCAUAACCAUCUUUUUACUGGCAAUACCCGGGAACCUGUUGGUGGGAUGGGUGAUCAGCAGCAGCAGAAAGGCGCUGACUCCAUCGGAUGUGUACUUGUUCCACCUGACAAUAGCAGAUGGUCUGAUGGCCCUGACCCUCCCGUUCUUGGCUGUUGAUUUGAUUAAAGGAUGGAUCUUCGGAGACUUCUUGUGCAAGUUCCUUAACCUCGCCAUCGAAGCAAACUUCUACACCAGCAUCCUCUUCCUGGCCUGUAUUAGCAUCGAUCGUUAUCUUGUGAUUGUGCGCGCCAGCGAGAACCUCAGCACUCAACCGAGGAUGUUCAGCAAGCUCAUGUGCGCCGCAGUGUGGGCCCUCGGUUGGGCCCUCGCUCUGCCUGCGCUUUUCAAUGAAACCUCCAGUGACCCUGACUCAAUGAGGAUGAUCUGCCAGGAAACCUAUGACAUGGGCAGCGCCGCCACAUGGAGGAAUGCCACUCGCGGCUUCCGCCAUAUUUUUGGUUUCUUGCUCCCUCUGUAUGUGAUGAUAAUCUGCUACGGCGUCACCAUCGCGAGGCUGCUGCACACUCGAAGUUUCAAAAAGCACCGGGCCAUGAAGGUGAUCAUAGCCGUGUUGGUCACGUUUCUGCUGUGCUGGACUCCGUACCACAUAACCAUGAUUGUGGACACACUCCUGAGGACUGAUCUGAUACUGUUUGACUGUGCUUUGAGGAGUUCAGUGACCCGGGCUCUAUUAAUAACGAAGGUCCUGGCUCUGUUCCACAGCUGCAUCAACCCUGUCCUCUACGCCUUCGUGGGAGAGAAGUUCAGGAAUAAAAUGAUGCUACUUCUUCAUAGGAAAGGCAGACCGGAGAGGAUGUCAAAGUCCUGUUCGACAUCUCAGACUUCAGAAGGCAACUCACUUCGUUUUUGACUUGUGCUGCACUGCUGCCAUCUACUGAAUUUACUGCUGUCUACAUCCACUGAUUUGCGGCCUCUGAUUUGAUCAAGUUUAUGUUCAUUUCCUUAUUAAUUUCCAUUUCCCUUGCUCACAGGUGGACCAGAAUUCAGGAAAUGCUUUUUAGUGUUUUUAACCAAAGAAUAUUGGAAUAUUAUAUGUAUUUUAAAUAUACAGUAGGCGUCCCCUGAGGAAUUCAAGCCUUCACUCUGACACUGCUUAUCAUACAGCCGAUGUUUCUGUGUUUUUUUUUAUAAAUGCUAUAAAGUGUGUAUAAACUGUAAAUACUGCUGUCUAUUUCAAUAAAAGUCCAGAAAUGUUUCAAAUGCUAUCUAUUCACAUUUCAGGUUCUGACAAGUUCAUCAUUACAAAUAAAAGGCUUUGCAAUA